CGGGGCUUCGGGCGCGGGAAGAGGCGGCGGGAGAAUGGAGGUGCGGGAGAGCGGCGGUGGCGUAGGAGAACUGGGGGCCCAGGACCCUGCUCCCGCCUCCGGCAAGACCGCGGGCAGCGCGAGCCACUACGAGCUGCCGUGGGUUGAAAAAUACAGGCCGGUGAAGUUGAGUGAAAUUGUCGGCAAUGAAGACACUGUGAGCAGGCUGGAGGUCUUUGCAAGAGAAGGGAAUGUGCCCAAUAUUAUCAUCGCUGGCCCCCCAGGAACGGGCAAAACUACAAGCAUCCUGUGUUUGGCACGCGCCCUUCUGGGCCCAGCAUUCAAGGACGCCGUCUUGGAGCUCAACGCCUCAAACGACAGGGGCAUUGAUGUCGUGAGGAACAAAAUCAAAAUGUUUGCCCAGCAGAAAGUCACCCUCCCCAAGGGGCGGCACAAGAUCAUGAUCCUCGAUGAAGCAGACAGUAUGACCGAUGGAGCCCAGCAAGCCUUGAGGAGAACCAUGGAAAUCUACUCCAAAACGACUCGCUUCGCUCUUGCUUGUAACGCUUCGGAUAAAAUCAUAGAGCCCAUUCAGUCCCGCUGCGCAGUCCUGCGCUACACAAAGCUGAGCGACGCCCAGGUCCUGGCCCGGCUGAUGACCGUGCUGGAGCAGGAGAAGGUGCAGUACACAGACGACGGCCUGGAAGCCAUUAUCUUCACCGCCCAGGGAGACAUGAGGCAGGUGCGAGUCGCUGCGGCCACCUCCUGGGCUCGUGCCCCGGGUCCCAGGGGGAAGCAGCAAGUGGCCGCUAUGCAGACAGGGCACAGCCCCGGGGCGGGGAAACCCCACAGCCAUCGGGGCCUGGGGCUGAUGGAGGGCAGACCUGUGGGGGGGGGGUGCUGCUCCCAAGCCUGUGAGGGGGUGGUGGGAGGAGCCCGGGAGGGGGAGGGGCAGGACCGCAAAUCUCCCUCCACGUGGCUUGUUCCUCCACAGGCGCUCAACAACUUGCAGUCGACUUUCUCGGGAUUCGGCUUCAUCAACAGCGAGAACGUGUUCAAGGUCUGCGACGAGCCCCACCCCUUGCUGGUGAAGGAGAUGAUCCAGCACUGUGUGAACACCAACAUCGAUGAAGCGUACAAGAUUCUCGCUCACCUGUGGCAUCUUGGCUAUUCACCGGAAGACAUCAUUGGCAACAUUUUUCGAGUGUGUAAAACCUUCCAGAUGGCAGAAUACUUGAAACUGGAGUUCAUCAAGGAAAUUGGAUACACUCACAUGAAAAUUGCAGAAGGUGUGAACUCCCUUCUGCAGAUGGCAGGGCUCCUGGCCAGGCUGUGUCAGAAGACAAUGGCCCCGGUGGCCAGUUAGGGGACAAGAGUCCUCCUCAUCCGUCCGUGAGACCCAGUAGUCAGCGCCUUCUGAUCUGGACAAAAUGCUGCCUUAGAUCAGCAUGGGGACGCACCUUCCUCUCACACAGUCGUGGCCUUCACCUUCAUGCGGCUUCCACGAUAGUUUGCGCUCAGCCUCAGACUCACAGAUGUGGUGACAGGAUGGAAAGGCCCCAGAGAACCUCCAGGGCAUGGCACCCGAUCUGGGCACGUGCGGCAUUUCAGCUAAUAAAAAAGCUGUCCAGGGGCA